GGAGAGAGUCAGCAUAAGUAAUCAGCACCUAUUCUAAGGGACCACUCAAGGCCAAGUUGGGAACAGUUCUUUACCUUCUGAUCAGUUAAAUGAAUUGUACUUGUCAGCCUGGGCAAAAACAAGGCCUGUGUGCAGCAAUUGUGCGAGUGGAAAGCGAACCACAGCUGCCUCUCUUCUGGUGUGCAAGAGCCCAGAUUCACACUUGCAUUCCAGCAGCACGCUAUGAACACAGGUUUUGGUCGAGGCAAAGGCUCUUAUCAGACACCCCCAAAACAUAUCUACUGCAGUCCUAAUCCAGCCUUUUUUAACAACUCUCUUGUCCCACAGGAAAAUAAUCGUGACAGAUUCAGAAACCAGCAGGUACAGUUCCUCUUGGGGCAAAUCACUGAAGCUCCCCUGUACCCUUUUUGGGAACAAAGGCCACAAGUAGAGCAGCACAUCAGGGGUCCACGAGCUGCUGUACCAAUUCCUAGAGGGAGUGGGCACAACAGCUGGGGCACAGCUGGGAGUUUUAGACCCCCCUAUAUCAGUCAGCAAACGCGAAGUUUAUCGUCUUAUCCCCCAGCUCAGUACAACUACAGAAAAUCAGAAAGGGAAUUUGACCAUUUCAGCCUGAAUUUCCAGAGACUGUCUGUUGCUGAGCAAAACAGGGAGCAAGAAAUAUUGACAAUUUUAGGGCAGCUCAGGCAGGGGGAGUCCUGUACAGGUCGUGAACUCGCCCGUAAACUUAAAACCCAAAAGAAGGAAGUCAAUCGUUAUCUGUACAAACUUCUCCGGGAAGGUAAAUUGCAUAAAGAAGGAGAGACCCCCCCUUUCUGGCGGAUUGUGGACAAAUCUGGCUCUAUAGGGGUAGUGUGCGAAGGAAGUGCUACCGCUCACAGGAGUCAUUGGAGAGAGAGAGCUUCUGAGAGUCAAGAAACAGAAAGCUCCUCGGUUGACUCAGAAGACGGUACCGAGUCUCCCAUCAUGGCUGAAGUCAAGGAGAAAAUCUGUAAUUAUUUGUUCAAUGUCACAGACUCCACAGCAUACAACCUUGCAAAAAACAUUGGUUUUUCAAAGGCCAAGGAUGUUAACACCACUCUCAGAGCCCUGGAAAAUCUGGGAGAAGUCCACAAGGAGAACACAAACCCCCCCAAAUGGUCCCUCACUGAAAAGAAACGGGAGAGGAUGCAGAUCAAGAUAAAAGCCAAUGAAGUAACAGAAAUGCCACCUCCCGCCCCAGAGCCAGAGUUUCCAGCUGCCUGCAUAGAGCCGGAUCCACAGGAGAGCGUGUUGCCUUUCACAGAAGUAAAGAUGGAAGAAGAAGAAAAUGUAAAGAAUGGACAGCAGGCCUCUGAGCAAACAGAACAGACUGACACCAGUGCUCCUGACCCAGGCCUGCGAGCCCGGAAGUCCAGAUACCGCUUCAUGAACUAUGACAACUCUGAAAAUGGCAAGUGGGCCACAGAUGACAUUCCAGAUGACCUGAAUGCCAUCAAUAAGCAGGCAGAUGAGUUGAGAUGCAUCAUGGAAUCCCCCUCAUCUCCCAGUUAUGCUGCCCAGUUUGACACUGCGUUCCAGUGUACGCCCUUAGAAAAGCUGAUUGCCUGUCAGGAGAAGAAUCCGGUCAGCGGCCUCAUCGAAUAUAGCCAGUACACUUACCAGCGCUGUGAAUUUGCCCUUUUGGAGCAGAGUGGACCCUCACAUGAACCAAGAUUUAAGUUCCAAGCCAUGAUAAACGGGCGCCGGUUCCCACCAGCGGAAGCAGGUAGCAAAAAACUGGCCAAGCAAGAGGCAGCUGCCAAUGCCAUGAAAAUCCUGAUGCGUGAAGCUGAGAACCAAGGGGAGGAUGGCAUGGAAGGGGAGGAGUCAUUUGUCCCAGACAGCUCGGAAGCAGAGUUGCCUGCACGCCCAGAACCAGAGCCUCCGUCUGCAGUGGCACAGCUACACUUGUCGUCCGGGAAGAACCCCAUCAGCAUAUUAAUGGAAUAUGGACAGAAAUCAGGGAGCACAUGUGAAUUCCAGCUGCUGUCUCAGGAGGGACCACCCCAUGACCCCAAGUUCACAUACUGCGUGAAGGUGGGUGAGCAGACAUUCCCCGCGGUGGUAGCCAACAGCAAGAAGGGAGCAAAGCAGAUGGCAGCUGAGGUUGCUGUGAAGAUCCUCCGUGGGGAAGCUGGGGGGCAGUUCUUCCCAGAACAGCCCUCCGGAGAGAUCCUGAGCGAGCCGUCCCUGGAUCCGCCUGUUGCCCAGCCUCUGAAUCUGGAUGAGUCAAAGGCAGCAAAAGCCAAGGGCGUCGGGGAGCUGAUCAAAUACCUCAAUGCCAAUCCCAUCAGUGGCCUGCUGGAAUACGCCCGUUCCAACGGGUUUGCAGCAGAGUUCAAAAUGGUCGAUCAGACGGGACCGCCUCACGAUCCGAAGUUUGUCUACCAGGCCAAGGUGGGAGGCCGUUGGUUCCCAGCCGUGACUGCACACAACAAAAAGCAAGGCAAGCAGGAAGCAGCUGAUGCAGCACUCAGAGUCCUGAUUGGGGAAACGGAGAAGGCUGAGCGCACCGAAGGACCAAGCAUCACAGAGCUCCCAGUGAGCGGCAGUACCCUGCAUGAUCAGAUAGCGAUGCUGAGCCACCAGCGCUUCAACGCCCUCACUGCUCGCAUCCAGCACAGCCUGCUCGGACGGAAGAUCCUCGCUGCAAUCAUCAUGAGGCGAGGAGAAGAAGGCCUGGGAGUUGUGGUCAGCAUUGGCACAGGUAAUCGCUGCGUGAAGGGGGAGGAGCUGAGCCUGAAGGGAGAGACUGUGAAUGACUGCCAUGCAGAAAUCAUUUCCCGACGAGGCUUCGUGAGAUUUCUCUACAGCGAGCUGAUGAAGUACAAUCCCACCGAUCCCUCCUCCGCAGAACAGAGCAUAUUUGAGUCAGCAGGAGAAAACAGGCUCAAAAUAAAAGAUGACGUUACCUUUCACCUCUACGUCAGCACGGCGCCGUGUGGAGAUGGGGCCCUCUUCGAUAAAUCCUGCAGUGACCAGGCAAACAUGGCGGGGGAGAGCCAGCAUCAGCCUCUCUUUGAGAAUCCCAAGCAGGGUAAACUGCGCACCAAGGUGGAGAACGGGGAAGGCACCAUUCCCGUGGAGUCGAGUGACAUUGUGCCUACGUGGGAUGGGAUCCAGCAUGGGGAGAGGCUGCGCACCAUGUCCUGCAGUGACAAAAUCCUGCGCUGGAAUGUGCUUGGCCUGCAAGGGGCGUUGCUGUCGCAUUUCAUGCAGCCAGUGUACCUCAGCUCCGUUACGCUCGGUUAUCUAUACAGCCAGGGUCACCUGACACGUGCAAUCUGCUGCCGCAUGUCGAGAGACGGGAGCACGUUUGAAGCAGGUCUCCAGGCUCCGUAUCAUGUUAAACAUCCCGAGGUGGGGAGAGUUAGCGUGUACGACUCCGCCAGGCAGACGGGCAAGACCAAAGAGUCGAGUGUGAACUGGUGUCUUGCCGACGGAAGCGAGGUGGAAGUCCUGGAUGGCACAAAAGGCAAAGUUGACGGACCAAAGCUCGAGGUGUCCCGCGUGUCCAAGAGGAGCAUGUUUGCUCUGUUCCAGCAGCUUUGUGCCAAGGCUGAGCGCAAAGACCUGCAGAGCCUUGCACUGUACUCGGAUGCCAAGGAGGCAGCCUCGGCCUACCAGGGAGCCAAGCAGCACUUCUUUACGGCGCUGGAGGAGAUGAGCUAUGGGAGCUGGAUCUGCAAACCCCAGGAAGAGGAGAACUUCUCUCUCACCGAGGCGUAACGAGCUGCCCUCUGUGUGUGUGUCUGUGUGUUCCUUUUGUCUUUUUUUGUUGUUUUUUUAAAUGGAGCCAGUAGCGUUGACUAGGAUUGUGAAUUCCCCGGGGUCUCUCCUCCUUUUGAUUAUCCUGGCAGCACAUGUUGAUUCUGCUGGAAGGGACUCCUGCGUUCAUAUUGCAUUCUUUCGACGUGAGUGUACGCUCGGCACAUGGUGGUGAGGAGAUGCGAGCGUGUGAGUGUGUUUGGACGAGGGAAUCCACACUGUCCACGCAUCUAAAUGAAACCACAGGCGAGCCUGCUCCUGUGUCCCUUCAUCACAGCAGCUGGAGGGAACUCAGCUUUUCACUUGUCAAAUGCGUUGUCUCAAUUGGAUCGUUUUAAACAGUAUGUGGGUACUUCCCAGCCUCAUAUCCUCUCCCUCAACACUUCCCUCUGAUUUGCAAGAUGAUUCCUGCAGCUAUUGGCAAACACCCCGGGACUUUUUCUUCCCAGCAGUCCUGCUGGGUGGGCACAAAUUGGUUUGAAGACAAGGUGAUCUCUUGCAACUGCUAUUUAAUUCUGGGAUCUGCCCUAGGGCAUAGCACGAGCUGUGAGGAGCUCAGGGCUAGUGGCAGAUUGCACGUAUGACCUGAUCUAGAUCUCCACAGUUAGUAGGCAUAUUCCUGGCUCUGGUGUGGUAGCCUCAUCUGAGAUACCCUGUUGAUUAUGAGGGUUGGGUCUUGGUUUCUGGAGUCCUGCUGAGAUGGGCCAUUCUAAAACCCUGCCGGACACUACUCCCUGUGAGGGGGGCGAGUGGCACCCGAGGGUGGGGUGUCCCAGACUUGCCAGUUAGGGUGGCACCACUUUAAAACACUCAUCAGUGAAGCGGAGCUUUUCCUCCUCACCCAAAACGGUCCUUCGGACCAGUUUCUUGACUAGCCCCCGGCUGGUUCGGCUGCAGCACAGCCCCUUUUACUGAAAUGAGACCAGGGAUCCUUUAGAGCCUGGCCUCUGUUUUUAAACCCUGCCUUGAAACGGUCAUGAAUUUUAUCUUGUCCACAGGCCUCGGGCCCAGCCGGCCUCUCCUCUUGGUUGUUUGAGGAAUCUAAGACACCUUCGUGGGUGAUGGGAUCUAAGGCAGGUUCUGUCUGCGCUGGGAACGCUGAUUGGUGGCUGUGCGCCUGCCUGCCCUCUCUGCAGGCCUGUGUCUGGGCAGCCCUGGGGAAUGGUGGGCGUGGGGCUGCCUGCCGGCACUGUGCUAGCAGGGCCAGCAAAUUUCUUCUUCCUUUUUGGAGGAAGCACAGGCCUCUCAGCUAAUGGACCCAGUCCCAUCGAGCCUGCCUGGACCUAGAAUCCCAGGCCCCGGGCCGUGGGGUCAGCUUGCUCCGGAGGUCGGUUGUGUUUGGCCUGAGCUGGCCUGGGCUUUGUCAGAAGCUAGUCUGGGUUAGCCUGGUCCUGGGGGAAGGGGCGAAUGGAUUGCUCCGGAACUGAGUGGCGCUGUGAGCGGUCAAGUAUGUUGCAGUGCAGGAGACAGGGGGCAGGCCAGGGGGCGGGCUGCCCCUCUGAAGUAAUUUAAGAGAGACCCAGAUCUGAUCUUACUCCACAGUUCUGGCAUCUUCUUGUGCUGUCUCCACCUCGCCCCCAUUUAUUUUAUUUGUCAGCGGAUCGGAGCAAUUCCUGUUGUGCAUCAUUUGGGGACUGUCUCCUGCAAACUCAUCCUACCCUCACCCCCUUUCUUUUCUGUAGUGUCGGAUUCCUUCUCUUGUCGCACUGGCUCCGGGGAGCUGAAUGGAAACAAAUGUAAAUUUAUUCAUGGGAGAACUGUAACCCUCCUUUUUAUUUUAUUUUAAUUUUUGUAAGUCUGCUUUUAAGUGCCCCUUGGUAUCGAUGAUUUGAAGUCCUAACAUUCCGCAUAAAAAUUAAAAAAAAUUCUGGAUUGUUAGACA